AUGAAUAGCAGAUUAAACGUUACAACAGCUCGAUACUCCUCACAUCCAAAAAAUCCAACUGUCUUACUAAUAUUUGCAAAUGCUGCUUACACGUUCGACACAUUAAAUGAUGAAGCUAAUCGACCAAGGAAUAUAUGUGGACUAACAUAUGCCAUUGAAACUCCCAUUCCUAUACCAAUAUCGUAUUCAGUUACAGUUCUUGAUGUGCCUAAACAAUGGGAUGGGAUAGAUGUAACUCCAUUAAUAAAAAAUCGUUAUAUAUCUACAGCAAAUGUAAUGAGAAUAUUUAACGAAGACGCCGUCGCUCAACACUUUCCAACAAAAAUUCAAUAUAGAAAAACAUUACUAGAAGAAAGACGACAAGCGACAGUAUCACCAGAACAACAUCAGCAGUCACCCAGACAACAACAAAUUUCCACAUCACCACCGCCAAGAAAGUGUUGGUUCCCAUCAUCAGCUCAACUUCUAUGUAAUACUCCACAAACAAUCACUUCAUAUGUUCAUUCCAAUGUGAUAGAAUUCAAUGAUCAACAGCGUGAUCAACUAAUACAUAUAAAUCCACCAAAAGCUCAUCAGUCAGCCAUAAUUCCUUCGGAUCGACAACAAUUUCGUCCAUCAGCAUCACUAUCUCCAGUAGCAUAA